CAAAUGCAAUUCAUAUAUUGUAUAAGCACUCUCGCAGGAUUGUUUUUUACAACUAUUGACGUAGAACGACUCAGCAACAGUGAAUCGAUGAAUUUAAUUAAAUUUUCGGUGAUGAAGCUACGUCAAAGACCAGUGUUUACCCUUAGUACGUGAUCGCGAUCGUAGAUCCCCCCAAGACCAAUUUCGUGAACGUCGCUCAAAAUGAGUUGUAAACAAAAAUUGUUCACAUUGCAUUCCCUUCAUUUUGUGGAAGCGAAUGGUAGAGAGAAAUGUUGAAAAAUACGAGAGUGGUGCUUCGAAACACGUCUAUUAAUUCUUGGCGGGUGAUGAAUCAUGGAUAUGCGCAUGAGUCCGAAAAUAAAAAGCAGUUAACUGUAGGAGUGUUUAAAAAUGAGUCGAACCCAACAAAAGUAUUUCGCUCAUAACCGUACCACUAGAAUGACGCAGAACUGUGAACUCUCAGCAAUACACAACCAUUUGUUUGCCAACCGAAGACGGAUCUCCCCUCACCAUGACACUACGAGCUCUCACACAUCGACUGAAGUAGCGAAAUUGCUGUGUACUCGAACUAUCCAUUUCAUGAAACAUCCACGAUAUAGUCCUGACUUGGCACCGAAUGAUUUCUGCUUCGGAACGCAUGUGUUGGAGAUACAGUACGCAGAUGGGCUCCCAUGUUCACAAUCACAAAUUUCCCAGUGGCUUCAGAUUGAGAUCACAUAAUUCAUGCUCCAACUCCGGUAUCCAUAUAAAUUUAAUGAAUUAAAUCCGCGUGCUGUGUU